AUGUGUCCCUCAAAUUUCAAAAAGCAAAGGAAGAGCUUCAAGCGGUUUCAUUACCAACAACUUAUUAAACACCUUAAAACACUGCAACAGACGUAUCUCAACGCUAUGCAACAACCAUCACAACAACAACUCCCAGACCCACAACAAUUACAAAAUCAUAUCAAUUUAUUGGUCAGUUCAUACGCGGCCGCUUGCCAAAAAUUGGCGGCCGCGCCACAACCACCUUUAGUCAUAUGUAGAGAGACGUUGGAUAUGUUCAUUGAAAGGACUAAAGCAAACACAGAGUCGAUAGAAGAGACAAUGAAGAAGUACGAACAGCUUGAGCAACGGCAAAAGCAAAUCAUCCAACAGAUUAACACCAUGGCGGCAACUAAAACUGAGAGAAAGACGGUCAUUGAUUACUUGGAGGAAGGCGACGAAGACAAUUUCAUAUCGCAAAUAGUCGAGUGGGAGAACGUCAAGUUACUCAUCGACAACGACUUGACUGAAAAAGCGAUUCUCUUCUUGUCGGAGAAUCUUUUGAAGCACAUUAAUGAGACACAGAAGAUCGAAGAUAUCUGUGAGGGGAUUAUGGGGUUCGUGAAAAUGACAACUUUCACACCAACUGCGUACUACCAUUUAUACGACGCUAUUGUAAAGACUAUUAAAAGCCCAGCAGUCUCCGCCGAGGGAACUCCAGCUAUUUUAGACGUCUACGACUCGUUUAAUACUUCCGCGCCACAACCAAUACCUCAAUAA